ACUACAGUCCUUGUAAACCGUAAUCAUGAUUGCAUGUUGAACGACUUCUAGUUCAAGAGUAUUCGUCUGACAUUCUUACAUGAAUCUAUUUAUAUAGGAGAGCUUAAUAGCAAGAAGGGAUUGACAACACGCUAUUAGUUUCGAUGACUUCACAAACUUCACUGUCAACGGAUUUUCUUUUUUGAAGGUUUGAAUAGAUAAACUUUUUUCUACACUACCUCAGGAAAUGUACUGGUUCCCAUUUUACUAACACUCAUGUCAGGAAUAAUACCGGAAAUUGUUAUGUCCGCAAAGGAGAUCAACAUAUUUCAUAAGAACUUGCACAUCAAUUCAACGGUACUCUCAACGUUGAAGCAGCUGCCAGUCAACACCUCUUUUAAGAAUUCUCUCAUCAUGGUAUAUUAUGUAAUACGAAAAGGUCGGCCUUGUGAUUGUGGUGCCCUCUUUCGACUCAUCAAUGAGACAGCUGAGUUUAGUCACCAAAAGAAACAUCCUGGAAGUGAUGAUAGAGACACUACUGUAGAAACAAGUGAAGAAAUUUUGAGGAGAGAUGCUUUUGCCGAACACCCGCUUUUUUCCUUCUUUGUAGUUGAGUGCUAUUUCUCAAAAGAACAACUUAAUAAAAAUGAUCGUGGCGAAAUCAUCGGUUUCUCAACCUUCAAUGAAAUGUACAGUAUCUACAAAGGAAAGUCUGGAUAUAUGAGCGGAAUGUUUGUCUCAUCUAAACACCGAGGUAACAGCUUAGCCCCAGUGUUGUUCAAGACUACUGCAAAGGCAUGUCUGGAUGCAGGGUGUAAAUCACUCAUGUGGGGUGUAUCGAGAUGGAAUUUCGGCGGGAAGACAUUCUACCAGAAACUAGGAGCAAUCAACAUGACUGAUCGAGAGCAGCGUGAAUUCAUGACACUCAACCACCAAAAUCUGACCAAGCUUGCAGAGGAAUAUCAACCUAGUACUUGUGGUGGUGUUGAAAUCUUAUAUCGCUAGAUGAGGAGCCAGAAGAACUCACCAAAACUACAGGAACUUGAUUAAUUGCAAAAAUAAUUAUCAUAGUUUUACUCCUGGCUGGCUCUCUCAUUCAUCGCCGUAUACAAAAAAGAGAGAGAACAGGCCUACACAAUCAUUUAUGUUCAAGAUAACAUACAUUGAGGGUCGAGGGAGCGGAAUAACGAGUAACGAGAUGAUUCCAAAGGUUUUUCUUAUAUUGUUUAGAUUGAACAGAAGGAUCCGGUGCACAAUAUUGUAGAAGUCGGAAGUUGGAAAUUGAGGGGCGUAAAUGCUCGAUCCCAAGUCGCUUCGCAUGUAUAGGAGUGAUAGUUAGAUAUAGAAUAAUGAUUUAUCAAAGUAUGAUGGUAGUCGAUAAAUGAAUUUUGGUCACUUUAACAAACGUGUGAGUUGUAUAUAAAGUUUUAGUAAUGAGAAAUUUCGUAAUAUUUAAAAAAAUAUAUCUUAUUAAAACCCUAAAUGUAAAGUUUGUGAUCACAGAUGGUAGUAUAAGAAUGCUUGAACAGAAAAGAGGAACAUAAAAGAAGAUUAAAUAUAAAACAUUAAUUUACGUGAGGUGGUAAAGGGAGAGAAUAGAAAAUAAAAGGAUGGAAAAAAAAUGAACAGGAAAAUAAAAAGGGCAAUGUAUGAUCACGUUCAUCAAAAUAAUCUUGUUUUGUUUUGUAUGAUAUUUCUUUUUCUUUUUUUGUAGUUUAAGGGGUGUCGGUGGCUUUGUGAGUCUACUAAAGCAAAAAAGAAAUUUGCGAGCAAGAGAAGUGAUCGAGCGAGCAUAAAAUUUGAACUUUUUAAUACAAAAUCUAAUUUUGUGAUAGAUUUUUAGUUGACAUAUUUUAAAAUAUAUGUAUCAUAUUCCACCCUUUUCCUUUCGCUACCUUUUUAUUCUCCUUCUUUCGUGGUCGUGAAACUUUUUUGGUUUACAUAUGGCCCGCACCCUCAAGCCCCACAUCUGUAUACGCAUGUGGUGUAAGGCCGGAGUAGAGCGGUAACUAACGUUAGAGCUCCAUAUAUUUGUUUAUAGUGAUACGGAGCGUAAUAUUGAGUAUGAAGUGUUAUGAAAAUAAAACUGACUAUGAUCCCACAAAAUAGUCCUGCAUAAUUAUCAUGUUAAA